UAUUAUAAAUAUCCCAUUCUUCUUUCUUCAUCCCACAUAUCCUUUGUUGUUUUUCAAGUGCUUUUUAACCAGAACUUUCACAAGUUUUCUUUGUUUCAAGUUCAACCCUUUUCACAACUUACUACUCGUAUUCUUACUUACAUCUCAAACAAUCUUGAAAUAUAAGAGAGUCUAAAAAAACGUGGUUGUUAGCAUGUGUACUACUAAGUAAAUUUUUGUACCUAGUGCUGAAAAUAAGUCAACAUUCUCAAGAUUAAGGAAGAGGUUUUCACUCAAAAAGGCAACGACGAUGACAACAACAACAACUAUUACUACUGAUUGUCUUUCGAUGAGUAGUAGUAGCAAAAGUAAUAAUAGUGGCGAGUUAGAGAGGGUAUUUACAUACUUUGACGAGAAUGGAGAUGGAAAAGUGUCACCGGCUGAGCUCAGGAGGUGUGUGAAGGCGGUAGGAGGCGAACUGACGGUGGAGGAGGCGGAGAUGGCGGUGAGGCUAUCGGAUUCCGACGGGGAUGGAUUGUUGGGUUUGGAGGAUUUUACAAAACUAAUGGAAGGAAUGGAAGAGGAGAGAAAUAAGGAGAGUGAAUUGAUAGGAGCAUUUGGAAUGUAUGAAAUGGAGGGGAGUGGCUACAUUACUCCUAAGAGCUUGAAGAUGAUGUUGAGUCGACUCGGUGAGUCAACUUCCAUUGAUAACUGCAAAGCUAUGAUUCAGAGAUUUGAUAUCAAUGGAGAUGGAGUUCUCAACUUUGAUGAGUUCAAAGCUAUGAUGACAAGUUAACUAGAUUUCAACACACAAAUAGUGUAAUUAUACAUGUACAUAAUUCUUUGGCCUUGGGCAGCUUGUUGUUUGUUUCUUGAUAAAAAGAUAAAUAAAUUCUGAUUAAUGGUUUUUCGUUGUUA